CAAAAGCAGAGAUUAUAGAAAGGCAACCGAUUUCAGAAGUUCAAUGGAAACCACGAGAAAACGAGGCCAUUUCUCGCCCCCGGGCCGGCACCACCAGCGCCAAUGGCAAUAAACAAACCGAGCCAACCAAGAGGACAAGCGGAGCAAGAAAUCGGACCAAGACGCGCCAACAAAUCAGAACCGAAAUCUCCCCCUCUGCCGCUUGAAAUCCAAUCCAAACUCCCAUUAAAAACAAGCAGGAAUGGAUCCCGCGAUGGACACUCGUCCGGCCACGUUCCCAACCGGAGGCGCGUCGUCGUCGUCACUGAUCUUCCUGGGUACAGGCUGCUCCGGGGCCCUCCCCGACGCGCGGUGCCUCAUCCAGCCGUCCACGCCGCCGUGCGCCGUCUGCUCCAAGGCCCUGUCCCUCCCGCCGGACCGGAAUCCCAACUACAGGUGUAACACCUCACUCUUGAUAGAUUAUUGCCGCGACGAUGGAACUCAGAACUACAUUCUGGUCGAUGUCGGAAAGAAUUUUAGAGAACAAGUUCUCCGGUGGUUUGUUCACCACAAAGUUCCUUCCAUUGAUUCAAUUAUUCUGACUCAUGAGCACGCGGACGCUGUCUUAGGCCUUGAUGACGUGUGGGUGGUGCAGCCAAGUAGCCACAGAAAUGAUAUUGAACAAGUUCCUAUCUUUCUAACCCAGUUCACAAUGGAUAGUGUUGCGGCAAGAUUCCCCUACUUGGUGAAAAAGAAGCUGGGUGAAGGUGAUGACUUUGCCCGAGCCACUCAACUCGAUUGGAGGAUAAUUGAGGGCGACAUCGACAAACCAUUUGUAUCAUCAGGGCUAGAGUUUGUGCCCUUGCCAGUCAUGCAUGGAGAGGACUAUGUUUGUUUAGGCUUCUUAUUUGGCAGCAGAGCAAGAGUUGCGUAUUUAUCUGAUGUCUCAAGAAUUCUACCUAGAACUGAGCAUGCAAUUUCAAAGUCUGGCGCUGGACAACUUGAUCUUCUUAUAAUAGAAACAAACAGAUUGCAUGGGGUGGGAGAUGCUCGCAGUUGCCAUUUAACUCUGAGUCAGAGUCUUGACGCUGUCAAGAGGAUAUGCCCUAAGAAAGCUCUGUUGAUUGGAAUGAACCACGAGUUUGAACAUCACAGAGAAAACCAGAUGUUGGCACAAUGGUCUCUCAGAGAAGGAAUACCAGUACAACUAGCUCAUGACGGCCUUCGUAUCUUCAUUGACCUGUAAUAAGUGAACGAAGAUCCGGAGCGUGAAGCUAGCGCGAUCGAGGAUAACGCCAACCUUCCUCAUUUCUGUGAGUUAUGUGCGGGAAGUAUUGGGAAAACC